AGGUAAUUAAGAGAAACAAAUAUUGAAAAAGAAAAAAAAGGAUUAUAGUUUGUGAGAGUGACGUCAUGGUCAGACAUAGCUUUUGAACUCUUUAUAUGAGUGAGUUUUGGUUGAAGAAGACAUGACACUGUAAAGAAAUAGAAGAAACAGACAUCUUUUGCAGAUUCAUAAGAUCGACACCUCAUUCUCUGCAGAGCAAUGGUGAUUCCAAUAGCAGUGGCACUGGUGGUGAUUCUCAGUGGGUUGGUUUAUCAGGCCAUAAAACCCCCAGCUCCUAAAACCUGUGGAUCCAUUGGUGGUCCUCAAGUUACUUCACCCAGAGUGAAGCUCAGUGAUGGGAGGCAUUUGGCCUACAGAGAAUUUGGUGUUCCUAAGGGAGAAGCUAGGUACAAGAUCAUUGUCAUUCAUGGAUAUAACAGUUUCAAAGACACAACUUUACCAUUUUCUCAAGAACUUAUUGAAGAGCUUGGGAUAUAUUUCCUCCACUUCGACAGGGCUGGUUAUGGUGAAAGUGACCCAUAUUCAUCACGUUCUGUGAAGAGUGAAGCUUAUGAUAUUCAAGAACUGGCUGAUAAAUUGGAGAUUGGUGAUAAAUUCUACAUAAUUGGAAUGUCAAUGGGAGGUUACUCUGUUUGGAGCUGCCUAAAAUACAUUCCACACAGAUUAUCAGGAGCAGCUUUGGUGGCUCCAUUUAUAAGCUAUUGGUGGCCUUCUUUUCCUGAUAAUCUUCUGAGAGAGGCAUUUCAGAUGCUACCUCGGUCAGACCAAUGGACUUUUCGAGUUGCACAUUACGCCCCUUGGUUGUUCCAUUGGUGGAUGACACAAAAAUGGUUCCCUUCAUUAACUUUGACAAAUAUGUUGUCUCCUGAUGAUGUAGAAAUAGUGAAGACCUUGUCAGAACUCCCAAACACUGCUCAGGAGAGGAUAGCUCAGCAAGGUGAAUAUGAAUCUUUACACCGAGACAUAAUGAGUGCUUUUGGAGAGUGGGAAUUUGGCCCCACAGAGAUAGAAAAUCCUUUCCCUGAUAACAAUGGUUCAGUCCACAUAUGGCAAGGCUUUGAAGAUAGGAUCAUUCCCUACACACUGAACCGUUACAUCUCUCAGAAAUUACCAUGGAUUCUUUAUCAUGAGCUUCCUCAUGCAGGACAUUUGUUUCUCUUCAAGAAAAAUGAAUGUGAGUCUAUUAUAAGAGCACUUGUACUCUCACCAGAUAUUUCAGAAUAAGAUGCAGUGUGUGGAGUAAACCAUGGCUCUAUUGUAUAGACCAUGGUCUGGUCCAUACAAGUAAAUUUUAUGAGCAGAUGAAGGAAUAUUUGAGUUUGUUAUCCCACAAACAUGCCAGUGUACCAAUUGUCGAACAUGUUAUAGGCAUAGGAUAAAAGCAGUGUGACUGGUUGGUACCAAGUUCAUCGUUGACCAUAAUCAUAAAAUGCUUUGCCUCUGCCACACCCCUAUUAUAGAUUAAACAUCAUUAAAAGACA